UUCUCACCACCUCAUCUCUCCAUUGGUCCAUAUUCUCAGUCACUGACUGAAACAGCAGAGAAAUUGAACUGGCUUGUGGUCCGGAACAGGUUGACAGUAGAUUCAUAAAUAGGAUGUCCAUAGUGAAUAUUGUUGCCAGGGAGAUCCUGGACUCCAGAGGAAACCCCACUGUGGAAGUAGAUCUGCAUACAGACAAAGGUCUGUUCAGGGCUGCUGUGCCCAGCGGUGCGUCCACCGGCAUCUACGAGGCUCUGGAGCUCCGAGAUGGAGACAAGACUCGCUACAAGGGCAAAGGUGUAACAAAGGCUGUUGGUCACAUUAAUGACACCCUUGGACCUGCCCUUGUCCAGUCGGGAAUCAGUGUUUUGGAGCAAGAGAAACUAGACAACAUGAUGAUUGAAAUGGAUGGCACUGACAACAAAUCUAAGUUUGGGGCCAAUGCCAUCCUGGGAGUAUCACUGGCCAUAUGCAAAGCUGGUGCAGCAGAGAAAGGCGUCCCCUUGUAUCGUCACAUUGCUGAUCUAGCAGGGAACGGAGAACUGGUCCUGCCAGUUCCUGCAUUUAAUGUGAUCAACGGGGGCUCCCAUGCUGGAAACAGACUGGCUAUGCAGGAGUUCAUGGUACUUCCUGUCGGGGCGGAGUCUUUCCGUGAUGCAUUGCGUGUAGGGGCUGAGCUAUACCAGACACUGAGAGGUGUCAUCAAGGAGAAGUAUGGUCAGGAUGCUACAAAUGUGGGAGAUGAGGGAGGGUUUGCCCCAAAUAUACAGGAGAACAGUGAAGCCCUGGAGCUGAUCAAGACAGCCAUAGAGAAAGCGGGCUUCACAGACAAAGUGGUGAUAGGGAUGGAUGUUGCUGCCUCAGAGUUUUUCAUUGAGGGCAAGUACGACCUGGACUUCAAGUCUCCGCCCAACGUCGCCCGCAACAUCAGUGCUGAGGAGCUGGCCAGCAUCUACCAGGGCUUCAUUAGCAACUAUCCAGUUGUGUCUAUUGAAGAUCCCUUUGACCAGGACGACUGGCCUGCUUGGUCACAGUUCACAGCCUCAGUGGGCAUCCAGGUGGUUGGUGACGAUCUGACGGUCACUAACCCGCGCAGGAUUCAACGAGCCGUAGAGGAAAAGGCCUGCAACUGCCUGCUGCUUAAAGUCAACCAGAUUGGUUCUGUCACAGAGGCCAUCAAGGCGUGUAAGCUGGCCCAGGAGAAUGGCUGGGGUGUGAUGGUGAGCCACCGCUCAGGAGAAACCGAGGACACUUUUAUAGCUGACCUGGUGGUUGGUCUCUGCACUGGACAGAUCAAGACUGGAGCUCCCUGUCGAUCAGAACGUCUGGCCAAAUACAACCAGCUCAUGAGGAUCGAGGAAGAGCUGGGUGACCAGGCCCGCUAUGCUGGACACAACUUUCGCAACCCCAGUGCCCUUUGA